GUCGGUAUCGCUGUUGUGACCAGCGGACAUGGCUGGCGAAGCGGCUGACGUGGUAGCCGACUUCCAUGCAGCUCAAUGGGAGGACGUGACCCAGGCGUUCCAUGAUGCCACGGAUGCAUUGACCCUCGGUCAAAUUGUGCAUGUUCCCGAGUUCAACCAAUUUGAGUCAAUGUCAGCGCUCGAGUUGAUGGAUCCAAAGAUGGACUCUGGCAUGCUUGCUCCGGGCCAAGUCAUGCUCACUGUUGAGGAGCGUCUCACAAAGGGGCUGAUUCCGUUGCAUUUCGCAAGCGCGGCGGACUUGUUGGCGACGCUUGAUCGCUUGGAACAGUGUGAGGCAGCGUGGCGGAACGGUCAGCCCAUGGCGCAGAGUCUACUGACUUGCUUGUACUACCAUCCUUGCGUAUCGUCGGAGCUGCUGCUGGCGCCUCUGGACACCACUGCGGUCUCGGUUACCGACACGUUGGACUGCAUUUUCAAAGCGUACCUGGCGAUGGCUCUCAAGAGCAUCACUGUACAGCGGUAUGCCAUCCAUCGGGCCGACAUUUACGAAGAGGAAGACUUCAGUCCUCUCAAUUCGGACUUGGCACUGGGCGACGCUAUUACGGACGACACAGUCAUUUAUUGGCUUGACCUGGCCGAGAAGCGGUUGGACGCACUGCUGUACAAGGGCAAAGGCAAGAAGAAGUCGAUGGCAGUGGAGGGCUUACACGUCGAUCCAUCGGUUGCAUUGGACUUUGCGACAUUGUUCCAAUCGCGUCUGCACUUUCGUCGUUCGUUUUACAUUGCGUUGACGACUCUGGGUACAGCCGAGUCGCCGGAUCUCGAAGCUGCUGCCACCGCCCUCGACGAGGCGCACACCGUCUUGCAGCGCAUGGCGACGGAGCGUCUGGAAGUGGCCGAAGAGUGUUUUCACGGGUCGUAUGUGGGCUUUGACAACCACGUGAGCAGACUGCUUGCAUCGACGAUGCCCCCCCGAGAAGCCAAACUCGAAUGCGCUGCCGACUCGUAUGCACAAACGACUAAAGUUUGCCGCCAUUUGAUGCUGGCGUGCACGCCGCCCGCGACGAUCCAGUCCAUGGACGACUUGAAAGCGUUCCUGACACACUUGAGUUCGCUACGUCCAAAUAUCCUCGUGCGAUCGUACGCAGUGCUCUUCCUGUACAUUGACAAGAAAAUGUAUGGCAAGUACAACUUUAUGGACUGGCUCGCCGACUCGAUGGUGAUGAAUGGCGUCCCGUCCGUGCUGCUGUCGACCCAAGAAGGCAUCGGGUUUUCGACACGAUGCAUCGAAGCCGUGUACGAAUCGCUCAAGUGCCACCUCCACAACCGCCCGCGCCAACGCCACCGUCUCGAGCUCCUCUUCGACGAAUGGGCCCAGCUCCAAGUGGACGCCGCCUCCAUCGACGACAAAUUUGUCACGGAAAUGGGCAUCCCCAAAGCGUCGUACCCGCGGUACUUUACGUCAUGGGCGCUCGAGCAAACGUCGGCCCUCAUGAUUCAUUACCUCACACUUGGGUUCGAGCUCGACAUUUACGCCCUCUCCGAGUACUCAACCAUCUACUGGUACUUGGACUACCUCUUGGGCUCCCGCAUCCAGAACCUGACGAACGCGUGGUCGUUCGUCGAAAAGCUCAAGUCGUUCACGACGUCCGAGCGGGCUAAGACGACGCCACUGCCUGCCCCGGCCGCGCCGCCAAAGUCCAAGAAGAAAGGGACAAAGAAAUCCAAGAGUACAGUCUCGAACGGGACACUUACCGCCGCCGCCGCGACGCCAGAAGACGAACGAGCCGUCUACCUUAAGGAGAAAUACGCGUGGAACCUCGCUCUGCUCGAGAGCCACCGCGGCCUCACACGCGCUCUGUUUCAAUACGUGAUUGGUCUCGGCCUCGACGGGCUCCUGCCACCUGACGCGACCGUGUAUGGCUCUCCGAGCAUUCGAUUCCACCACCGGUUCAAGCCGUUUGCACGGCUGCAGUUCCCGGCGCCGUUGUCGUACGCAGACCUCGUGCACAACUGCGACUUUAGCCAGUACAAGGUGCGAUCGUCGCCGGGCUGCGGCACCUUCGUCACGCUUUGAUGUGCUGCAUGGCUUGCAGGUCCAAGUCGUGUACCAGUCCGCCGACGAGUGCUUCAAGGUCGCCCGCGCGCGCGUCGAGAAUGUGUUGGCGCUGGCCUCACCGGACAGGGAGCACACCGUCCCCGAGCUGAAAGCUCUCGUAAAAGUUUGCAUCGCAAACGCAGUCUACUUGCACCAGUAUUCGAAGCAACAGCAGCAGGCCAAGAUGCUGGAGACGUUGUCGAUUACCGACAAGGCGCCGCAAGUCGUCGUCAAGUUCGACAUCCAUCCAACGUACCCGGCCAUUCAGGUCAAGGACCGCGCCGAGAAGUAGAUACCAUAGCAGCUCGAUCACUCACGCAAACUACAACAAAAACAGGUCGUUUUCGUGUGGGAGAUAUGGGCAUUGCCGCUGUCUCAUGGGCAUGUGCAAGGGACUCGUCCGAUCCGCCAUAUAUGACGAGUGUUGAUACAACCAUUGCAUGAAAGGUGAUGAAAGGAGCAUAGAUGGUAUGGUGUGAUGGAGUCGCCCGGUCGCGGCAGCAGCUACUGGGACUUCUUUGCGCUCUCGUCGUCGUCGAUGCUGCGAAUAAGGGAUGUGGCGGCGAGAAGCGACACAACCAAGAGCGGGAUGCAGAUGAGGGCCGCGACAAGGAGCCAGAACUGCGGCUCCUCCUGGAACUUCUCCACCAUGUGCAGCAAGAACUCCUUCUCCAUCGUCGCCAGCGUCGUCGUCGGCGUUGCCAUCUUGGAACAACCAAUUUAAG